UUUACUGUUGCAGUGUGAAUUCGUUUUGUUUUUUUCUUAUUAGUUUUUACAUUACUUUUGUGGGCGUGACAUACCCCCGCUGGUUAGGGCUGGCGCUUCACUCACAAUCUGGGAGAAGCAGGAGGAAUAUUUGUUUAGUUCUGUCAUCGUUGGACUUGUGAUCAAAGUUCGAUAGGGUGUAUUUAAUUCAUCUUGAUAAUGCCGAUUAGUCCUUCAAGGCAUUCUUCACAAGUGUUACGCUGACCUAGACAGUUGCUGCUCAUUUCUCCAUUGUUUGUUCAUCAUGAAGAUUCUGCCUAAAUCAACUAUAAAAUAUUUUUAUAUGCUUUUAUUGCAUCGUUGUGUAUUUAACCAAAAAAAUUGAUUCAACUAUAUUUACAUAUUGUUUUGUAUAUUAAAGGAAAUUAUACAUGUCAUGUAAUAACAAUCUUUGAACAGCUACUUGUCAUUUGUCCCAGUUUGUUUUAUAUUUGUUUAGUUGUGUUUUAAAUGUUGCUGAAAACUCAUCUGUGUUUGGGAUAUUUCCUGUCUGUUGAUGAACUUUCAGGAUACUCAUUCUUGACCAAAAACUAUUUGUUGUGUCUUGGAGGGUGUCUAGUCCAACUGUUUCAGAAUGUCUGUAUCUGUGAGACUUCGAAAUUCUCCUAUCAACUCUCCUAAAUCUUCUCCUUGUACUUCUCCUCGAUUUUUACAUAAGCAUCCUCGAUCUCCAGCAGCCAGAAGAAGCAUCAUGCCUGUAGUGGUAAUCCAUGGUGGGGCUGCUGUAGUUUCACCUGAUAAAGUACAGUUGAAAUUGGAGGGAGUAAAAAGAGCAGCUAACAUCGGUUAUGAAGUCCUGCAGUCAAGUAAUGGAACAGCAUUAGAUGCCGUAGAAGCAGCAGUUAAAGUUAUGGAAGAUGAUCCUGUGUUUAAUGCAGGUUUUGGAGCCUCUUUAACUCUUACUGAGAAAAUAGAACUAGAUGCACUUAUUAUGGAAGGAACACGAAUGAAAGCAGGUGCAGUAGCAGGAGUUUCCAAGGUAGCCAAUCCUGUAACUCUCUCACGUCAUAUUAUGGAAAAGAGUGAACAUGUUCUUAUGAUUGGUGAUGGGGCUCAUAAGUUUGCUGAUGAAGUUGGAAUGCCAGCUACAAAACCAGAAGCACUUGUUACAGAAUAUGCUUGUGAAAGACUAAAUUAUUUUAAAUCAUUCAUGACUGCUGUAAAUUCUGGGAUGGGAAAGAGCUCUGACCAUGAUACAGUAGGAGCUGUUGCUGUAGAUUCUGCAGGUCAUGUUGCUUGUGCAACUUCUACUGGUGGCAUUACUGCUAAACAGGAAGGUCGUGUUGGGGAUUCUCCAUGUGUUGGGUCUGGAGGUUUUGCUGAUGACUUUAUUGGAGCAGUAUCUACAACUGGUCAUGGGGAGGCCAUUAUGAGAGUAUGUUUAGCUCGACAUAUUACAGGACUGAUGCAACAAGGAAUGAAAGCUCAAGAAGCAGCAGUGGCAGGAUUAGAGUACAUGAAAAAUCGUGUCCAGGGAUAUGGUGGUGUAGUAGUAGUUAGCAAUAAAGGAGAUAUUGGUGUUCACUUCACCACAGAAUGUAUGGCAUGGGCUUAUAGGAAAGGAAGUGUUGUACACUAUGGAAUACAACCUGAUGAUGAUUUAACGGAAGAUGGAUCAUCUGAUAGUUCGCCUCUGUGAUGUAAAAUGUUUGGUUACAAGUUACUUUUUGUGAGGAAACAAAAGAGUAGCUGUGGUUAUAUUUAGAAAAUAACUUAUUACUAAAUAUUCAGAAACUUUUUUGGAGAUAACAUGAAUAUGUAUUCAGUAUGAAAUAAUUCUGCAGCUUAAUUUUUUUUGUCCAUUAUAUAUUUUAUUCAAUAAACUAUUCCACUAAUUUCCUUAAA